GCGAGUGGACCUAAGAUGGACAAACAUAGACUCUCCAGGUUAUCUCCUGUGCUUUAUUUUUUUGGCCCGUCAGCCACUGCAGUUACUUCACCAGGUCAUUUGGCACUCCAAUCUCAGCAUUGACAAUAAAAAAGAAGAAGAAGAAGAAGAAAGGACAUGCCAAGUCUGGAGAAAUAAAUGGAAAGAACAUGAGGAGACUUUGGAAUAAUAUGUGGUUUGGAGGAGGAGAGGGAGACAAGUCAUAGAGAUGGAGGAGAGCCAGAAGGUGGUUGUGGUGGUGGAGGAGGCCAACGCCGCCCGAGCCGCCCUCCAGUGGGCAGUCCGCAACUUCCUUCGCAGCAGCGACUCCGUCACUCUCCUCCACGUUUGCCCCUCGACACGAUCCAAGAAGCAGCAGAGAAAGCUAAGGCUCAAGGGCUUCCAGUUGGCCCUCUCUUUCAAGGACCUCUGCAAUGGCAUCGCCGAGGCAAAGGUGGAGAUCAUAGUGACUGAAGGCGAUCAAGGGGCGUUGGUCGUUUCUACAGUGAACAAGCUUGGAGCCUCCACCCUUGUAGUUGGGCUCCAUGACCAGAGCUUCCUUUGCAAGCCCCCCAUCCCAAAUCUUGGUGCAAGAAACUUCAAUUGUCGCAUUCUUGCAAUUAAAGAGCACGCAAAAACUUGUGAAGGUGUUGUGAAUGCAGAAUUCUCUCAAGUUGAAAUUACAAGGAUAUGCAUGGCAGAACCCAAGAACCCAUUUCCAAGCUUCCCUCUUUCCUUGGGGUUUUUAUGGAGAAGAUCAAAAAGGAGAAAGCGAUGAGCCUACAAUUAAGAGGUGCUUCUAACCUGCAGUCAGCCUUGAUAUCUAACCUGCAGUCACACCCAAACAGAGUUAGAAUUGAUCAAGUGUGCUUAAAUGAAUCAUAAUGUAAUAGUCUUUUGAGAAAUAGCAGAGGAUUACAGCGCUUAAAUCCAUUGAUUAAAGAACGAAGAGUUGUGUUGACAUUUGUCAUGAGCCAUGAGUUUGUGUCUUGAGUGUUGACAUUCGCUUGUAUGUACUGUCGGCCGUUUUGUUACUUUUUACAGUUUGUGAUCUAUUUUUAACUUGAUUGAGUUGAAGAUACCAA